GAUGUCAGCCUUUUUGGGUUCCGGUUGUGCGUAUUGAAAGUGUGGUAAAUUCUUUGUGAUUCUUCUAAAUUUUACUUAAAUUAGUCGACAAAUAAUUUAUAAUGGCAGAUUUAGAUGAUUUUUUCGCUAAGAAAGACCGUAAAAAGUCCAAGACCAACAAAAAAUUUUCAACAACGGACGAAGUGGCUAAAAAAUUAGAAGAUACUGCCCGAAAGACAGAGAAAUUAAAGAAAGAACGGGCCCCAGAGGGAGAUGAACCAAAUGCUCCAGUUCAUGACCAAGACGAAUGGAAGGACUUUGAGGAAGAAAAGAAGGACUACACGGGCCUUAAAAUCGGUAACCUCACAAUCAACGCCAAUCAGGAAAAUAGUGCAGGCACUACUGAGACAAGUAAUGAACAACAAUCCGGCUGCGACGAGAGUGGCUCAGAUACGGACAAGAAAGUUGGACCAUGGAAACGUAUUGACGAGCAGCAACAGCAGGAGGAACCCAAACCUGAAAGGAAACCGGAACCUGAGCCUCCGAAGGUUACUAAAGGUGCAUAUGUACCACCCAACAUGAGGAAUCCCCAAGCACAACAACCAACGGUUCAAAACAACCGUUUAAAGUCCAAGGCUGCCCCAGAUAUCCACAAUGAAGAGUUCUUCCCCACAUUAUCAAGGACAAACGACCAUAAAAAGAAUCGCAGUGAAGGGUCAUUUGAGGUGGUGCAACACAACCGUUCAAGUUCGUAUAGACAGGCAGAACAAUCAAAGAUUAGUUCUUCACAGGGUCCAAAACUGAAUCUUGGGAACCGCUACAAUUCUCUAAGUAAUGAUAGCUAGUGUUUUGAAACAGUUUAGAGACAUGUUUGUAAUAAGUGGUGGCCAUGUUACAGAAUUACAGAACUGUUGUUUAAUAUUUUCCCAAUUAAAACUCAGACAUCAGUAAGGAUAAUUAUUUUAAUGUAUUAUCUAAUUUUAGGUUCUUCGUGUAUUUUUAUUAAUCAAAAGUAUCCAUCAAUAUACCACGUGUUCGAAAAAAUUUAUUUCAAAAGUUCUACAUAUUUUCUAUAAAUAAAUAUUAUUUACUA